AUGUGCUUCAUUGAGAAUAUACUUCUGGUGGAUGCAGCCCAGGGAAUACAGGCGCAAACCGUAGCCAACUUUUUCCUGGCCUUUCAGAAUGAUUUGGAAAUCAUCACAUGUCUGAAUAAAGUUGAUCUGCAGCACGUGGACCUUCCUGCGGUGUAUGCAAGUGUGUUGAAUGUGUUUGGCGCAGAAGAAGAUGAAGUACUGAAGCUGAGUGCCAAGACGGGCGUGGGCUGCGACACAGUCCUACCAGCCGUGGUAGAUCGGAUGCCCUGUCCAAAGGGCGACCGAGAGAAACCUCUGCGAGCGCUUCUGUUUGACAGCUGGUUUGAUGAGUACAAGGGAGUGGUAUGCCUGCUUGAGCUGAUGGACGGGAUACUUAAACCAGGCGACAAGAUCGAAUCUGCACAUUCAGGUCGUUCGUAUGAGAUACUCGAUCUGGGUAUCCUACACCCGGAAACCACACCGACGCAAGCCUUAUAUGCGGGGCAGGUGGGCUAUAUUGUCACAGGAAUGAAAACGACAAAAGAGGCGCGUGUAGGCGACACCUUUUUCGCGUUGGGCGAACGAGGCGAACCGUUGCCAGGGUUCAAGGAAGCAAAAGCCCUUGUGUUUGCCGGUAUCUACCCGAUGGAUUCGUCAGAACAUGACUCAAUGCGGUCGGCAAUUGAAAAGCUGACUUUGAAUGAUGCUGGUGUGACUGUGGCGAAGACUCGCAGCAGUGCCCUGGGAUUCGGUUGGCGCCUGGGCUUCUUAGGUCUGCUGCACAUGGAAGUGUUCCAGCAACGGCUUGAAGAGGACUACGGUGCGAAUGUGGUGGUCACGGCCCCCAAUGUUGCAUAUAAGGCCAAACUGGUCGACGGUACGGACGUGGUGGUCGAAAGCCCCGAACAAUUCCCCGCCAAUCAGAAACUGGAUUACAUUGAGGAGCCAAUGGUUAUGGGCACCCUGAUUUUUCCCGCUGAAUAUAUUGGCAAAAUGCUAAAUCUGUGUGAAACGCGGCGAGGAACUCAGCACGACAUGAGUUACAUCGAUGAAACGAGGGUUUCGCUACGCUAUGUACUCCCCACAGCCGAAAUCAUCACCGAUUUUUACGAUGAGGUCAAGUCCAUCUCCGCUGGAUACGCAAGCUUCGAUUACGAAGAUCACGGCUACGAGUAAG